CAGACUUUGUACGAGGUAGUGUUAGCCUCUCGGGGAUCCUAGAUGACCAUGCAAAAUAGGAGCAGAUGGACCAGGAUCGGGGGAAGUUUUGUAUUUUCGACUGUGAUGAUACAUCCAUUUUAGUGGAUGAGUCUUCAGUAUACACAGCUUGAUUGAAGAACUGCUCACCUCUGGAUCUUGGCUCUCAUCGCAACGACAGCGCCCAGCAGACCUGAUAAGCUAAGGGACAAAAUCAAUAACUGGAAAAUCAGACCUCACCACUUGAACCAUGGAUGAGGAAAUUGAGAUAACCGAUGAGAAGGACUGGAGAGAACUUGAACCAAACUACUCCGUCAAAAUCUUCCUGACGAUCUUUUACAGCCUCAUCCUAGUGACAGGUAUUGUGGGUAAUUCAGUCACUAUCAGAGUGACACAGGUGCUGAAGCAAAAUGGCUACCUGCAAAAGAAUGUGACCAACCACAUGGUUAGUCUGGCGUGCUCUGAUUUGUUGGUGCUCCUCAUAGGCAUGCCUGUGGAGCUCUACAUUGCCAUCUGGUUCCCAUUCACCUCCGCAUCGGGCAACGCUUCCUGUAAGAUCUACAACUUCUUGUUCGAGGCAUGCAGCUAUGCCACCAUUCUAAACGUAGCCACGCUUAGCUUUGAACGCUAUGUGGCUAUCUGUCACCCAUUUCGCUUCAAAGCCCUGGGUGGGAAACGUACCUCAGCCUUAAUCACCUUUGCUUGGCUGGUGUCCGUGCUCGUGGCCCUUCCAUUGCUGGUUACCACAGGAACUCAGGGCCACAUUCCUGUCCGAGCAGAUACGCCCGUCCAAAAUCUGACCUUCUGCACCAAUCUUAGGGAGCGCUGGGUGAUGUACAGAGUCAGUAUUUUUGGGGCGUUCAUCGUCUACAUGGUCGUGUUGAUCUGCGUGGCCUUCAUGUGCCGAGCCAUGAUCAUGGUCCUGCAGAAACCUAUGGGUUCAUUAGAUGGAGGGCUCAAUGGAAUACAAAGAGCACCCAAGCAUGAAAGUCCAAAGGUCACGUUGGCGAGGAAGCAAACCAUCCUUUUUCUUGGUAAGUUGUUGUUCCUUUUUUGUUUAGUGUGA